UUUGUGCCGAUGCAACCAGGCGAACUUUAACCCUAAAUAAAACAGGAUUUGGGUUUUUUUUCUUUUGAUUAAUUGUUUUAAAACGUCAAGGGAAUUUCUUUUUUUUUUCGUUUGUUUGAUGGUAAAUGGUAUAAUAUUGCCUUGGCUUCCCAGUGCUAUGUAUAGAUUUUAAAGAUGCUUUGUCCACGUAAGCUAGCAUUAGCUCUAGCUUAGCUUCGAUAGCGUUAGUAACAAAAUGUCAAAGACAAGAGGUGCGUAAGACUGAGCCAGUCAAAAGACAUUUUAUUGCGUUGUUUUCCUGUUUCUCUAAUAUUGUGGAUUAUCAUCAAUGUGCCUGUACAACAUAUAAACAUACAGCACCGCAAGUUUUACCUGUUCAACAUUUAAAGAGUUUGCACCAGUCUGCAUCCAUGGGGGAGGAAAAGCCAGACACUCUGGACUUCGUGAGAGAUUUCCAAGAGUACCUCAGCCAACAGACUCAACACGUCAACAUGAUCUCAGGCUCCGUGAGUGGCGUUAAAGAGGAAGAAGAACUACCUGCUGACUGCACCCAGAAUGGCUUAGAACAUGCCUCUGUGGAAAUGUCAUUAGAGGACAGCUCAGGGAUCUUGGUUGAUGGUUUUGAGAGGACCUACGAUGGCAAACUGAAGUGCCGCUACUGUAACUACGCCACAAGAGGCACUGCACGUCUAAUUGAGCACAUCCGAAUCCAUACAGGAGAGAAGCCUCACCGUUGCCACUUGUGCCCCUUUGCCUCAGCGUAUGAGCGACAUUUAGAAGCCCACAUGAGGUCCCACACAGGAGAGAAGCCCUACAAGUGUGAGCUCUGCUCCUUCCGCUGUAGUGACCGCAGUAACUUGUCUCAUCAUCGACGCAGACGACACAAACUUCUGCCAAUGAAAGGAGCCCGCUCACUUUCUCACAAGAAGAUGCUGAGUGUUCUACAAAAGAAAGCUAGUUCACUUGGCUACGGUCGUCGACUGCUUAUCAACUUCAGCCCUCCCUCGAUGGUUGUACAUAAAGCUGACAAUGUUAGUGACUAUUCACAUGAGCUGCCACAUCUACGGCAGGAGGCAUAUGAUAACCAGAGUCGUCCAGGUGAAGAAGGGCUGUCUGUGAACCAGAAUCACCAUCACCAUGAUAUGGUCAUGGAAAAUCCACUGAACCAGUUGUCAACUUUGGCAGGCCAACUGGCCAGCCUCCCUUCAGAGGCCCAGGUGCAGACACAGGGGCCCAUGUCUCCAGGAGCAGAAUCUGUUGUGGAUGAGAAACCUUUCCUCAUCCAGCAGCCUCAUCCUGCUACAGCUCCUGUGGCGGUCAGUGCAAGCAUGGCACAUGCCUCCUCCUCUUCUCCAAUCACUCCAGAGCCCCGCGCCCCUCCUCACAGCAACUGCAGUCCAGGUGGAGUGCCUUGUAGUGAGCACAGCGGGCACAACAGUACUCCAAGCAUCUCCAACAGCCAACCCAGCACUCCAGCUCCUGGUUUGUCUGCUCCCCUGCAGGACCCCCAUGCAUUGCAUCACUGCCAGCACUGUGACAUCUACUUUCCUGAUAACAUCCUUUACACCAUCCACAUGGGCUGUCAUGGCUACGAGAACCCUUUCCAGUGUAACAUCUGUGGCUAUAAGUGCAAGAGCAAGUACGACUUUGCCUGCCACUUUGCCCGAGGGCAGCACAAGCAGUAGAAACAUUUCAGACUCCUCAGUUGUUUAUUCAAUUUUAUAGUCUUUUUAUUUAUUGGUCCUAUACUCGGCCUCAAUGUAGCUUAGCUUUUUCACGUUGUGCUUUCACAGGAAAACUUUCUUGUUUUCUUUUGUGUAUUUAACAAUCACCAUUGAAGUGUUUCAUUAAAGGUGCAACAUGUUAGCUCUGUUAGCAGAGAAUUAUAGAUUUAAACUUACAUUUAAAUGUAUCAUGAUUAACUUUCUCACAUUUACACAUUUUAGUCUCUAACCUAGUUAUAGUGUAAAGUGAAAACUGAGAUAGGUUUUAAUCUUCUAAAUUCUUUGUAAUGCACCUUUUUAAGAAGGAACAGUGUUCUGAGUUGAGAAAUUACUUUGGGGUGUUUAAGACCUUUUUAUUAAUCAUUGGAAAGCAUUCCUCUUAUCUUUCUGCAGUAGAAAAAAAACUGGGCUGCAUUCCAUAAUUCAUACCCAAAUUAAUUGUAAACAUCAUUAGAAUAGUAGUCAUAUAAUACCUGAAAUGAAUGAAGAUUGAGAGAGCCUGUUCUAAUUAGAUUUUUAAUUGAGCUGUGGUUGAAGUUGAGAAGAUACUCUAUAGUCUUCACCUACAUGGCUGAAAAAAAAAAAAGUUUUUGUUACAGUGCCUGAAUAGAACAUCGUUUGUUAAUAGUUAAUAUAACUUUUUUUAAAAUUUUGAUAAGGUUAUUUUGGGAUGGCAAUUAUCUGUCCUAUAGUUUUUUGCCAAUAUUUUGUGCUAUGAUGCUGCUUACUUUGAACUACUGUCACAACAUAUUUCCUUACUUUCAGAGGACUAUUUUUAUUUCAGAUAUCAUUAUGUUGCAUUACCUCUUUUACCGAUAUGACAUUGUAUGUCAUUAUUUAGUAUCCAGUAGCUAGGACAGAAUCAUCAUGUAUUGCGUUUCACCUUCAGAAUUGCCACGUAGCGUCAGGGAUGCCACAUUUUAUCCUUUGUCAUUAUCACUCCCAUCAAAACUUGUGGAGCCCAGGACUUUUCUGAAUAUUUACUCAGUAUUGUAUUGUUUUGAUUGUUGUUAUGUGUCAAAACAUGUUGCAGUGAGAUUUCUAAUUCACAGAGUGUCUUUAAAACUGUUGUGUGCAUUUAACAACAUACUAAAGCACUGAUUCUUAACCAUAGGGGCCCAUGGCAGGGCUGUGUGUGUAAUGUAACUAUAAAGUCAUGUGAGUGGUCCACAGUAGGACUGAGCAGUAUGGCAAUUAAAACUUUGUGAUCUGAUCCCAGUAACAUUGCAAUUUUGGUGAUAUUUUGAUUGGUGAGUGACAAUUAAAUUGUGAUCAGAGUCAGACUAUGAAAAUUGUGAUACAUUUUUAGACUAUUUGUCACCCCUAGUUCCCAGGUUAUUUUGUACUGGAAAAGUUGGGCCCCAGCAGUCAGAAGGUUAAGAAUCCCUAUACUAAAAGGACCAGAUACUCGUCAAUGCCUACCAAUGAUAGGGGACAUCCCAUACAGACUGCCUUACUUGGUUUGCAAAUUGUGUUGUAGUCGACUAGAUAAAACUGAAUGUGGAUGCCUUUUGGCUAUGCUUCAUCCCUCUGGGAAUAAAAAUCAUUUUAUUGUGGGACUGACAAACCUAAUUUAUAAGUAAAGUGUUUUUAAUCCA